GAGUCCAGACUGGAGCUGGUCCACCUUGCUAUCAAGGCAAAAAGUCCAGGCAGUGAAGUGAAGAGAAGAAUUGAUGAACUAAUUGACAUUGUCAUCACCGACUGCAGCCUGCCACUUCCCAAAGUCCCGGAGAUUCCGUCUGCCACCUGCCUGGACAAUCACAUCUACAGAUUCCGCACAACAAACUUACUCCAGAUCACACAAGCUGCAGAGAACCUCAAACAUGAAGACAGUCCUGAUCUGCAGCUCACCCUGGAUCAGGCCGAGGAUUGGCUUGUUCGACUCAAGAGCAUGGCAGAGGAGCCACAGAACAGUUUACCUGACAUUGUGAUCUGGACAUUGCAAGGAGACCGGCGAUCCGCCUAUUACCGUAUCCCGGCACACGAGGUUCUCUAUUCCCGCCGAGCCCCUUACUGUUCCGGGAAAAACUGCGGACAGCUUCAGACAAUCUUUUUAAAG